ACAAUAUAGGACAGUCUUUAAUGGAUACAAAUACAGCAAGUAUGAAUCAGAAAGAAAUCAAAGAUCCAAGUGGAAAAGUGGUGCUGCGAGCAGUGGAAUACGAUGGAAUACUAUUUCCAAUCGAAUUUGCCGGUAAUUUGGAGGAGAAAUUUCGGCAACUGAACAGCAUGUCAUUUAGAGAUAAUGAUGUAUGUGUUAUAUCAUUUCCAAAAUCUGGGACGCACUGGUGUUAUGAGAUAGUGGCUAUGCUGAGAAACAAUACCUCUGACUUUCAAACUGUUGUUCCUCCUUUGCUUGAGUUGUUUCCAGUCGAAAAACUUCAGCAGGUGCCCGAUGGUGUAUACGUGUCACACUUUUUACCACGUCACAUGCCAAAGGAUUUCCUACAACGACGAUGUAAAAUCAUCAAUAUCUACAGGAAUCCCAAAGAUGUCAUUGUUUCAAUGUUUAAUUUCUUAAAAAAAACAAAAAUGGGAGAAUUGCUGAAGGACGUGGAAUUUGAUGUGUUCUUCGAUUUGUUUAUGACAGGGCAAUUGCCGUCUGCCGGGGGCUCUUGGGUAAACUUUGUAAAAGAAUGGACAGAUUUUACCGACAAAAACCCGUCCUACCCAUUCCUGAACAUAUGUUACGAGGACAUGAAGAAGGACCUGAAAGGCCAUGUCAGAAAAAUAUCCAAAUUUCUUGAACUUCAAUCCAGUGAAGAACUUAUUGGCGAAAUUGCUACAAAAUGCGAGUUCAAGACAAUGUCUGAAUUUAAGAACAGCCAUGUCCCCGAAUUUAUGAGCAGAUUGACCGAUGUGAAGGAUAAACAUAUCAUGUAUAGGAAAGGUGAAGUGGGGGAUUGGAAGAAUUGGUUAAAGGUUGCUCAGAGUGAGGUCAUAGAUUCAGCCGUGAAGGCAGCUAAUAUUCCUCUGGACAUAAAAUACACCUGAUACAAGCCUGAAGGGUCUGCGUACGAUUACCCAAACAACUUGCAGUCUCAUAGAAUAAAUUUGAAAAAUAUCAUAUGCACGAAUA